GCCGCUUCUACCAAUAGGAGCAAGGAAGAUGGUGCGGUGUUAUGCCCCCAGAGCGAAGGGGCCUCGACCAAGCGACUGCCAUUGUCACUCAGAGAUAUACUUCUUGAACUUAUGUGACAUUAGACUCCUUAUAUGGAAAACUGCCAUAGAAACUCAACAGUUUUAAUACGAAUGUCAGAGUUCAAAACAUACAGAGCGCUACUCUAGGCCACCCACUCCUGGCGAUGUGGAAUCACUCCGCGCGAACCUCGUCACACCACCGUCUCACCAUCUCUUCUCUUUAGAAUACGUUUAUAUUUACGAUCCAACACAUGUUAAAGGUUGUAUGUGGACGACUCUGGUUAUUAUGAGGACGACCUAAUCAAAUGUGGUUCGGUAGUGUGUUGUAUGGAAACAGUAUUGGCCAUCUGGAGUCAACUUUGCAGAUGACAUCGGUUCUGCCAUAAAAGUUUCAUAUUUUUCCGCAUCUGGAGGAUAACCUUUGAUACACAACACUAUACACUCGAAAUCUUGCAUGUAAAUAUUUCCCUAUAUGAUGGCUUUAAACCCAACACCACCGAAUGCAGUCAAUACGUGGCCAAGGGAUCCCGUGGAAGACAUUGGUGCAACCACACCGACAGCAGUGGCACCACCAAGUGCCCCUCCCCCACAACCGACCCCCACAGCUGUCACCCCGACCCAGGGGCAACCGGCGCCUACCACUGUCAUUGCUGCCCAACCCACCACCAAUGGUACUCCGAAUGGGGUAGGGUCACCUGACAAUAAACAACAAGUUAUAGAAUGUGUUGUGUGUGGGGACAAAAGUUCCGGAAAACAUUAUGGACAAUUUACUUGUGAAGGCUGCAAAAGUUUCUUCAAACGGUCAGUUAGGCGAAAUUUAUCAUAUACGUGUCGUGGAAGCCGACAGUGCCCCAUUGACCAACACCAUCGAAAUCAGUGUCAAUACUGCCGACUUAAAAAAUGUCUUAAAAUGGGAAUGCGUAGAGAAGUUCAAAGAGGGAGAGUUCCACCAACACAGCAUCCCUUCCCCGGACAAGUCACUUGGGCAAAUGGUGACCCCUUAAAUGGACACACAUAUCUUUCCAGUUUCAUUUCCAUGUUACUAAGAGCCGAACCAUAUCCAACAUCACGUUAUGGACAGUGUAUGCAACCUAAUAACAUUAUGGGCAUCGAAAAUAUAUGUGAACUAGCCGCAAGAUUGUUGUUUAGUGCUGUAGAAUGGGCAAGAAAUAUUCCCUUUUUCCCGGAAUUGCAAAUCACAGACCAAGUUGCUUUGCUUCGACUGAGUUGGAGCGAGCUAUUUGUGUUGAAUGCAGCCCAGUGCUCUAUGCCGCUUCAUGUGGCCCCCCUUCUAGCAGCGGCUGGUCUCCAUGCUAGCCCUAUGGCCGCUGACCGUGUUGUAGCUUUCAUGGACCACAUUCGGAUAUUCCAGGAACAAGUGGAGAAACUAAAGACUCUCCAUGUGGAUUCCGCUGAAUAUAGCUGUCUUAAAGCCAUUGUUUUAUUUAGUUCAGAUAGAAAACCUGAACCAGUUCCGUCCCAAAGACCCGCUGUCAACGGAUACAAUGCUUGUGGGCUUUCGGACGCUACUCACAUAGAAAACAUACAGGAGAAAUCUCAGUGCGCCCUGGAGGAGUACGUCAGAAGCCAAUAUCCAAACCAACCCACACGAUUCGGAAAACUCCUUCUAAGGCUUCCAUCUCUACGAACGGUCAGUGCGCAAGUCAUAGAACAAUUGUUCUUCGUCCGGUUGGUUGGUAAAACCCCCAUUGAGACACUGAUUAGAGACAUGCUAUUGAGCGGAGGGUCGUUUAACUGGCCCUAUAUGUCCAUACAAUGACUAUAUGAAUGAUCGAAAUAUAGGGCACUGUUCACGUCUACUCACACCCAGUCUUUCCAAAAUCUGAAUCCCCUUUCCUAUCUUUGUUUUUUUCAAUGGUUUGUACAGGAAAAAAGUCAUAAUAGUUUUUAAAAUAUUGUUAAAAAGGGAUAUUUUAUAUAUUUUUGUUAAUGCUUGUGUAUUUUCUGUUUUGGUAGUUGUUUAAUAGUAUUGAGAAAUCAUUUAUUUCCCUCCUCUUCGCAAAAAAAUCUUUUCGAAUUCAAGCCUUUGUUUUUGUAAGACCGCAGUGCAUUAGAGAUUUUCAUUUUAUUAUACUGCUACUCCCCCUCAUAUUUUUUUCUUAUAUUUCAUUGACUUUAGAAACAUGGGUUGUGCCCCCUUGCUUUCAGCUUUGAUGUUAUGAAAUUUAGUCGAACUUGGAGCACAGGUUCUAAAAUCUUUCCAUGUGUCAAGGAGGCAGCUGAUUUUUUGACCAUUUAAAAAAAAGAGCUAACUAAAUAGGGUUAGUUUUCACUGCUUCUCUGCUCUGAUCUGUGAGGAACGAAUCCUUAGCAGCAUUCAAGCGUUAGAGAAGGGAACUAAGGGCAGAGAACCGGUGCUACAGUCUCACUAUGCGUUUAAUUUUCGCUCUUGAAAGUGAAAUAUAAAAGUAUUCACCAUACCAUUCAGCCAUGAUGUAAUCAAGGCUUGAAUGAAAGAUUGAAAAUCUCCUCUACAUUUUUUGUGUAAAGUAGAAUUUUUUCUUGCCCCUGUAAAACGAUCGUGCCAUGUAUAACCCCAAUAGCUGAAUGUACGAAGUAACAUUCCAGACAUAAUCAAAAUCAUGUAAGUGGUGCGCAUGAUUAUCAAGAUUUAUAUAUAUAUAUAUUUAGCAAUACAUUUUUGUACAUGUAUAUUUUACUGUUGAAAACAACGGCAUUUUUUUCGCUUUAUAUCCUUGAAAUGUACAUUGCAUGCAUUAUAAUCAAAAUAUGUUCCUGUAGUUAGCGAGGCGAUCUUCGUUGCAUGGAAUUAAAACAAUAUUACUCAUGUAAUAAUCCCCUUUGUUUCAUUCAGUCAGCCAUUGUUUUUCUUUGUUUAAUUGACAGUGUAGUCAAGAAAGAUGGUCUGGUGACUUGAAUGAAAAGCCCAUUUUAAAUGCAAUUCAUUUUUUUUUCACUCAUUUGGUUAUAAACCGUUUUUUCAUUUGUUCAUUUAAGCCCGAUUUUAUACCCAGCUAAAUUUUAUGUCAUAUAACAUUCCAUCAAAUAUAUAGAUAGAUUUUUGUCCUAACUACAAAAAAAAUUCCAAACUCAACAAUUUGGCUGUUUCUUUAUAGAGCUAGUAUUAGAUAGUAAACUUUUUUAUUUAGAACUCUUUUUCAAGUUUAAUUACGUUUCAGGUUUUCACACUUAUUUAAAUAUUUCAAAAAACAACACAUUUAUAUAAUCUAUAGCAUUUUAUACGCAUCUCUCUCGCUUCUCAUUUUUUUGCCUGUAAAUAUUAUUAAUAAUCAUCCGAGUUGUAAUCCUUAUUAUUAUUUUGAAGAGGCUAUGUCAUUAUAUGUAUCAGAGGCCAAAGAAAUUAACACACCAUACACAGUGUAUAAAGCAAUCGGUUAGUAUUAAACAUUUGUUUUGUUUUGUUUUAAUUUGAUACUUUGUUUGUUUAUGUAUUUCAAUUGAAAAUUGAAUAUUGAUAAAACUUGUCUUGAUGAUUUUUUUCUCAUCAGCGAAACAUCCUUAAUUCCUCUAUAUACAAGUGGUAUAAAACAUCCUCUAUAAACAAGUAGCUUGGGGCAGCAGAGGAAUUUUAGGACGUAUUUUCAUGCACAUCAAAUAUUAAAAUAUUUCACAUUUUUAGGUUGAAGUUUAAGAUCAGCACUUUUUUGUGCGUGUUUGUUUUUUCUAGUCUUUUUUCAUAAAACAAAAUAAAUUGCUUCCCAUGUUAGAAUUUUAAAGAAAUCAGAACUGAGCCAUUGUAAUCCGAGGAUAGUUUUAUCAUUUUAUUAUUUUGCUUCAUAUGAAUGUACCUUUUACCAGAUAAUCUAAACAUUGAUUUUUAUUUUCAAAAUGCCAAAGGAAAGCUUCCGCCAUAAUAUUUUGUUGCUUUAGUAUGAGAGUUGUUAAUGAUUAAGUGUUUUGUUUAAUUAUUAUUAUUAUAUAUAACCAACAAAAUCUAUCACAAAUAUAUUAUAUUGAGUUGUGAGAGAAUUCUGAGAUGUACACUCAUCCUUUAAACGAGCUGUUAAUUAUUUUUUUUUAGAAUUGUUGACAGAGUAUUUGUUCAAGGAAAAAACUCUUACUUUGGUCGGACGCUAGUAAUAACCAAGAACUUAAGUCUGGUCUGAGACUCUAAGUAUCCGACUUAAUGUCGCACGGCCUGGCCAUAGCAAGAGUUUCAUUAUGUGUGUUCUUAUUCCAUCGUAUGACUAUGCCCGUACUAUUCUGUGUUGUGCUAAAAGGUGUCCAAGACACUAAAUUCUGUCCAUGGCUUAUGAAAUAUUAAAGUGUUGUAAAACGACAGAA